GUGCGUGUUCUUCUCUUUGUCUCAUAUGUAUUUGCAAUUUUCCCGCGUCCGAAAUGCAUGUCUCGUUUCCCUGAUGAGGAAGGGCACGUGUUUGCCUCUGUGUUCAAACGGAUCCAUCCACUCUGAUCUCAUCUAUCCAUCCACACUCAGGCAGACGCAUGCGCUGCGUCUGUCCAUCAAUAGCCCCGCCAGACAUAUACCUGCCCCCAGCACUACCUCACUCACUUACUCACUGAUGCGUGUCUCACUGGCAGUCGGACUGCGAUAGCUCCCAGCGCGCAAAGUGCCUGCCACAGACAGACAGACACACAAACGCACACACACGCAGAGAGGAGCAAUUAAUCAGUCAGGAGUAGCCAUGCGCCUCUCCAUAUUUCUCUUUGUGUGCACCUGAGUUGGCUGCUAGCGGGCCUCAGAUAUAUACGGAUGCAACCGCGGGUAGCAGUUCGGCGAGGCGGUCGAUCUUCUUGUGUGCGAUGACCAUCGUCAGCGGAAACCGGUCCAACCCAUAGCAGUAACGUUGCGCCUCCUCCGUGGUGGCCAGGCGGAUGUGUAUUGAUGAGCUGUAGUUGACUAUCAGGACGUGCGCUGCGAUUGCAUCGGCCUCCUUGUCACCGCACAAAAUCACCAGACGAUGUGAGAUGCGGGCAAUACCAAUGUAGUCGAUGGUGCGGCAAUCAAACAGGGGCGGCGACCGGUCCAUGAGGGCAAGGAGACGAUCAUGCGCCAUACGGCGCCUCUCGUGUGACUCGUCUGACUCGUCUGGCUCUCCGUCGACAGACAAGCGACGCGUGAACUCGCUUGUCACGAAUCGCGCGUUCUUGACCAGCCUGAAGCGAAAAUAGAGACGCGGCAGCCACGCUGCUCUUUUGUUGUCCCACUCGACUUGAAAGAAAUGUGCGUACUCUGCGAUGAUCAGUGCUCGAAGGCUGCAAUAGACAUUGUCCCCAGACAGAUCACUGGGGUCUGCAGACAGAGACACCAACACGAAUCAGUUCAAUCUGUGUUGGUUGAUGCGCUACUCUUACAUUUGCACACGGGGUCGGUGGCAUCGAAUCUGUCUUUAAAGGGACAGUCGCCCGGCACCGUCUGCCGUGUGUAUACCGUCACACAACGCCCGCCCAGCAUUUCCAUGCCGUCGACUCCUCGCGUCAGUUCCAUCCCCUCGCCCAGCCGGUGACUGUACAAGGAGUACUGGCGCAGAACCUCCAAGCGGUUGAGAAACAGAUGCUUGUCGGCAGUCACCUUGAGCACAUCAGCGGCCGUCACCAUGAGAGGGAGAGACUGCAGUCGACCACUGCUCCUGGCCAUA